AUGGCGCUCUCAUCCCCACGCGCCUUCCAGAGCACAUUCAAAGUGACACUCCCCGACAGACAGGUCCAAACCCCUUACCACGCACGGCGCGCUCACAAGAAGUCGAGGAAUGGCUGUCUUGUCUGUAAAGGCCGGCGGGUUAAAUGUGAUGAACGCAAACCGACAUGCCUGAGGUGUGAGAACUAUGGAGCAGCGUGCGUCUACGCUUCGUCUCAAGCUACAUCAUCAUCAUCGUCAUCGUCGCCGUCGUCGUCUAGGUCCAGCAGUAUUCUGCGUAGUGCGACUGCAAGCACAAGCAAAUCUACGCCACCAAACAACACACUAACGUCUCUGUCCAUCUCCGACAUGGUCAAUCGCGUCCGGGACACCCUAGGCAACGAUCUAGCCUUGGCUCCUCGGACAAUUGGGAAUCGCGAUGAGGCACUGGAUCUCGCAGUCGACUCGUUCCGGUUCUUCUUGACUUGUUCAGUAAACAGCAUUUCGACUCCGCAGAUCUAUCAGGUUAUGAAGCGCGAGGUGGUUCAUGUCGCGUUUGAUAAUCCGUAUUUGAUGUACACACUCCUCGGCUGCGGGGUCCUGCACAUGAACCGUGUAUCACCAGGCAACGAAUCUCGGGAGCUCGGCGAGGCGUACUUCUGGCAGCGCGCAGUGCAACUAUACUCCGCAGCACUGCAGCACCCCAUCAACCAGCAGAACAUUUCCGGGCUGAUAUCAGCCAGCAUUCUCAUCGGCGUGACCUCGCUCGCCCCGCUCAAGUUCGAGAUGCAAGACUCCUGGGUCUUUACUGGGCGAGGCAGCGACCUGAACUGGCUCGCUAUUCAAGGCGGUUUGGCGUGCAUCCUUAAACAUGCGGGACAAUACGUUCCUGGGAGUAUAUGGGGCGUGCCAUUCAGCCAGAGUCACGAGAUAGAGAGUCAACUCUUCCGCUAUGAGAUCACGAAGGGGCGGGAGGGCUUACGUCCGGACCUAGCUGAUCUAUGUGGUAUCACCGAUGAGACUGACGAGCAGACAAGUCUGUAUUGGGCCCCGAUCAAACUGCUAUCACCCUUUAUGGAACUUGAGGUCAACGCACAGAUUGCAUCGCAGUGCACGACCUGGAUGGGAAGGCUUGAACCGUCGUUCGUGAAUCUGUGUCGAGAGCGCGACCCUCGCGCCCUAGUAAUAUUUGCGUAUUGGAUGGGGCUCAUGUGUUCGAUGUCACAAGAGUCUUGGCGAUCCAGUUAUACGGCCAUUCUUGGAGUUUCCGGCGGCUGCGGCGGGCUAUACCUUGAUCUCCUUAUGAUCAAUGUUGAUACAGGCUUUAACAAGAUAUGA